UAGGUGAGCACACUGACGAGAGCUUGGGGUGAAAUGUGAGUUCCGGACGAAAAACGGAUGCAGUGUGCAUCUCUCCUUUCAUUUCUCUGUCAUUAUUCUAAGAAACCAUAGACUGGUAGCUUACCAAAUGAUCCAAAUUUGUUAACAAUCCCUUUAAUAGAAAAGAAAUAAUAUUAAUGAGAACAUAAAUAUUUGUCCUGGAGUGCGCAGGGCAUGAAAUAUGAAAUAUGAACGUUGAUAUGAUAAAGUUGCCUCCAGGGACCUGCACAGCUUGAAUAUAAAUACUCUGUGAUUAGUUCUCACAUUUUUCAGACGAUGUUUGUUUUGGGGGUUCUCUUAGUUCUCUUAGUUCUCCAGCUUUCAGAAUCUAGCCUGCAGAUAAACCAGUACCUUCAGGGUGGAGUAUCCGCGGCCCUAGAGAGUCGUGUGUCUAGAAUGAAUUUAACCGUAGCUCAGGGCUCCACUGCUCGGUUAUCCUGCAAUAUUAGAAAUAUAGAAGACGACGGGAUUUCAUGGAUCCGAUUAAAGGAUUAUCAUAUCCUGACGAAUGGACAAGUAACCUACACCAGAGAUGCCAGGUUCUCUAUUCUUCAUAGCCCUGGAUCAGGAGAAUGGAGUCUACAGAUAGUAGGAGUACAGAUGAGGGAUGCUGGAGAAUACCAAUGUCAAGCUGCAACAUCAACUGGAACUAUCACACUGUCAACUGUCCUCCAUGUUGCAAAUCCCCAGGCAAGGAUACUGGGAAGCAGGGAGAAGCAUGGCAAGGUCGGAGAUCUUGUUCAAAUAACGUGUGAACUCAGAGAUAAUGUGGGAACUCCCGAGUUUGUAUUCUGGUAUCACAAUCAAACCAUGAUCAAUUUCCAGACCGGAGUGCGCGUAACAACCUCUAUAAUUGGCCCUGAUGUCUCCCAACUAUGGCUGGCCUCACCCAACACUACGAUGUCGAGGCUGGAUAUACGGAGGACAAGGAUGGAGCAUGCUGGAGAAUAUACAUGUGCUCCAUCUAACAGUGGGAAUGAUACAAUACGAUUGUAUGUUUCUGCAGAUUCUAGCCUGAGUUUCCAACAGUUGGAGCAGUCGUCUUCAUUAACAUCUAGUAAUGGCGGCCAAACACACUUGCUGUUCAUAUCCGGUCAAAUCAGCUGUUUAUUUUUACUUUUAAAAUUUGUUUUUUAAUUAUUUUUAAAUCAUAACGGCCGUAAAAACAAAUUAAACUAAAGUAUAAUUGAUUUCUAUAGAAAGAACAGACUACAGUGCACCAUAUCUAAAAGAAAAGUGAUGUCCAGUAAUAUUAUAAUAUUGAUAAAUCAUGUAGUGUAAGGUUAUAUGUAUUAUAUUAUUGAUUCAUAAUAUCAUGAUAUUUAAACAACGUUGUUGAUAUGACAGGGAGUACCAAUAAACAUGGUGCUGUAGGAUCGAAAACAAAAUAAAGUUUUUUAAAUGAUAAAGAAAUUGAGUCUUGCCACAAACUCUGAUUUCUAAUCCCUACAUCUUUGCCACCCGUACCGGAGACCUUCGAAAUUUCAAUAAAUAAUUUUCAAUAAGAUUAAAAUCUCAGUUUAUAAUUAGACUUGAACCAUCAGGUUGCUAAGAUUAUUAUCAUUGCCAUUUUAUGACAUUUUAUCUUAUUACUUACUUGUUCACUAAAUAUUUCUAAAAAUCUACAGUCGCAUUUAAAAGUUCAUAGAAUCUGCCACUUCUCCUUAUUACAAAUCAAGAUAUAUCAUUUUGCCUCUUUUCCCUGCUUUCAAUUUGAUUGAAAUUCCUUGAACGUUUCUUUAAAGGUGUAGCAUCAAAAUGUGAUGUUACUAAGAUCUGAUUAAAUUAAAGUAGUUUGAAUUAAAACAAUAGAACGCCAAUUUAAAAUGUAGACAAACAUAUCUCAAAACUAAAUUCUUAUUUUUUUCACAUUUUUUUAAUGUUUAAUGGACUCCAAAUUUAAUGAAUUUGAGCC